CCGGAAGUAGGGAGCCGGAAGUGGGGUUGGACAGGUUAUCCCCAGGGGUGGGGCAGCGGAGGCCCAGGAGGAGGGGGAAAAAAGAAGGUGGAGGAUCCUGGCUGCUAAUCUGAAUCGAUACCGAUUCUCUUAGACCUCAGAGACACAGAAAAGACAGAAGGGUGCCCCAUCCCCUUUCCUCCGCUUCUCUCCUCAGCCUUAGCCAUGGCGGAGGCAGGGGCCGGGCUGAGUGAGACCGUCACUGAGACAACGGUUACCGUGACAACCGAGCCCGAAAACCGGAGCCUAACCAUCAAACUUCGUAAACGGAAGCCAGAGAAAAAGGUGGAAUGGACGAGUGAUACUGUGGACAAUGAACACAUGGGCCGCCGCUCAUCAAAAUGCUGCUGUAUUUAUGAGAAACCUCGGGCCUUUGGCGAGAGCUCCACGGAGAGUGAUGACGAGGAAGAGGAGGGCUGUGGUCAUACACACUGUGUUCGGGGCCACCGCAAAGGACGGCGUCAUGCAACCCCGGGACCAAGCCCCACCACCCCUCCCCAGCCUCCUGACCCCUCCCAGCCCCCUCCAGGGCCCAUGCAGCACUAAAUUCCUCGCUCCCCCACCAUUCCUGUGUCUGUCUGGCCCUGAAUGUAUUCAUGUGGCUACUCGGGGACUAAACCCAUGAUUUGAUCCCUUCUCCAGCCCCCUCCUCCCCUCUCCUCUGCCUGACAAAGGGAAGAGGGAGAGGAAGGUGGACAGAGAUCCUGGAAUUCUGACUUGCUGCUAUUCCAGAACCCAGGCUUCUGGGUUCCCCCAGCCCUCAUUUCUCCUUACAAUACCCAGCCUUCUCUCUCCAGGGAUCCAGCCAUCUUGAUCCCAAUCUUUUUCCUUUGUUCUCACUGCCAAACUGCCUGUCCUGGGAUCCAGUUACCUUGGCCCCUUGCACUCUCUACUUGAGUUCCAAACAGUUAAUAUGGGUUUCCAGCAGCCCCAGCUUUCACUGCCAGGGUCCUAGUCAGAUUCCAGGCAAUCUUGCUCCAGCUAUGCUUGUUAAUCCUGGCUUAGAGCUCUUCCACUAAUGUAUUUAUGUCAUCCUAACUCUUAGUCCUUGCCUGUGGGAUGUGAGGUCUUCUGUGAGACCUCAGGGCUCCUAGCCCUUUCCCUCCUCUCCUGCCCACUUCCCUCAAGCCCUUAAGAGGAGUUAGGAGAGAGGGAGGUCUUUGCCAUUCUCACCUUUAAUGAGAAAUGGGGGGGAAAAAAUAGGCAUGUCCUCUCUCCUCACCGUUCUCAUGUGACUAGGGUUUCUGACAAAACUGGCUCCAAGACUAGUCACUUAGAGCCCACUAUCUCCUCAGCCUUUGGUCUUCCAACUUAGGAGACAGAUCCAACCCGGCCCUAGGGGCCUGGGUCCCUGGGAGGGGAUGGAAAAGGGAGGGAGCCAAGAGAUGCAAUCUUACCCCUUCCUUCCAAGGCCUUGAUGUCUCUCCCAGCCCAGAUGCCCAGCCCUCCCAGCCCUCCCCACUCCUUACUGGGAUCUGGAUAUCAUUUUCCAGGCCUUUUGCAGUGCACGGUUGCAGAGAUCAGUCAAAUCCAUACCACCACUGAGAUCUCAUUUAUUGCCACAGAUGCACAAAAUAAAUAACCCAACAUAAAAA